AUGGGUACACCGAACGUUCAACCUGUCCGCGCGUCCAAAGAGACGAGCCGGGCUCCAGCAAAGCGAUUCCAGGAGAACCCGGUUCCUCCCAGCCAUAUCGACAAGCGUGUCCUUUCUUCUUCCUCCGCUGCUCCCACAUCGUCCGUCCCUGCAUUCCGCGCCGCGCCGACCGCCGCCCCGCCCAUUCUCCCGCUGUCUCUCUCGAAGACAUCGCGUCCGAAGCCUGCGACGGCCGUUUCGGACUGGAGCGUCUUCAAAACCGCAGAAGGCGUCGAGUACUACUACAACCAGCGCACGCGCGCGACGACCUACGAGAAGCCGGAUGAAUUAAAGAGCGAUGCGGAACGGCAGCUGCAACCCUGUCCCUGGAAGGAAUUCCGCACCGGCGACGGCAAACGCUACUGGAGCAACAUCCACACCGGCAUCUCCGUCUGGGAGGAACCGCGGGAACUGAAGGCCUACAAGGCGGAGCUCGCGCGGCUCCAGCAGCAGAGUGCGGAUUCCCCGCGGGACUCACGCCUAGCCCCCGCGGCGCCGCAGCCGGCGGCCACGUUCACUCCCCACGCGAUCAGCAAUUCCCCCUUCAUCGCCACCAUUUCCACGGUUUCCACGGUUUCCACGAACGAGGCCGCGUCGGCUCCCGCGUCGUCCAAUCCGCCGUCCGCCGCCUCGCAGCCCGCCGCGGAGCCGGCGGCGCAGCCGUCCCCCGCGGGGAGCCCUUCUGCGUCUCCCGCGGUAGCGACGUGGUCGACGCCGAGCGAGGCGAAGGCGGCGUUCCAGUCGCUGCUGCGCGAGGUGGUGACGCAUCCGUCGAUGUCGUGGAAGGAAGCGGUCCCGCUGCUGACGGGCGACAUCCGCUACACGGCACUGCCGACGGCGGGGCAGCGGAAGCAGGAGUUCAGCGAGUUCACGAGCAAGCUGCUGAAGGAGCAGCGCGAGGCGAAGCAGCGGCGCAAGGCGGAGGCGCGCGAGCAAUUCCGAGCGCUGCUGCAGACGAGCGGCGCGGACGCGCGCGCGACGUACGAGGACCUGGCGAAGCUGGUGGGCGCGGACGCGCGGUGGACGGGGCUGGAGCGGAGCGAGCGGGAAACGGAGGUGCGGUUCUACCUGCAGAGCGUGAAGCAGAAAGCGCGGGACGAAGAAAAGGCGCGGCGGAAGAAGGAGCUGGACGCGCUGUACGCGGUGUUCGACGGAAUGGCGCUGGAGCCGUCCGCGCGGUGGAGCGACAAGGAGGCCGAGGUGCAGGCCAAGUUCCAGGGAAGCGUAAUCGCGGGGAAGGCGCUGCGCGAUCUGUUCUACGACUAUCUCGACCAGCUGCGCGACAAACGCGAGAAGGAGCAGAAGCAGCGGCAGAAGGAGUUCCGGCAGUUUCUCUUCGACGUUUUGGAGAAACUCCUCAACGAGAACCGAAUCCGACCGGAGUUUCACUGGGAGGAGGUCGAGGCCGUGAUGACCGAGGACGAAAAACCGCGGUUCCCCGACGUGAAGCUGGCGCCGCAGCCGAUCCUGAACGAGUUCAUCGACAAGGUGAACAACCGCGUGCGUUUCGAGGAGAAGUCGCUGCUGGAGUUCCAGAGCUCGAAGCUGGUGGCGUGGACGUCGGCGACGUCGUUCGAGGCGCUGAACGAGGCGGUGGACGCGCUGCUGCAGUCGGAGAAGCGGAGCGACCCGCAGUACCACAGCGUGUUCUCGUACCUGCCCGCGUGGAAGCAGCUCGUGGAGAAGCAGCCCGGCGUGGCGCGCUGCGCGUUCCGGUGGAUGCAGCGGCGGCUGCAGCGCGAGGAGGCGGAGCGGGAGAACUCGCCGGUGAAGAAGGCGUUCCUGGGACUGCUGGACGAGUAUCUGUACGAUCCGGAGCAUCUGGAGUACACAAGCGAUGGCAGGCGGUCGGGGACGAGGCGGACCGCGUGCGGUGGUACGGAGAGUUCUUGAAGGGGCUGAAGGAGCGGCUGGAGAAGGAGAAGGAGAGGAAGGAGAAGGAGAAGAAGGAGGGGAAGGA